CAAAGCAUAGCAAAGCAAAUGUUCUUCGUGGCUUCAACCGGAAGUUUGCUCGCUUCGAUCACUGUUCUUGCGGUGUUCGCGGCGAUUGUCUCGGCGGGUAUCCAGCACAAUGUGGGCGACAAGGCCGGAUGGAAGCUGCCCUCUCUCGCCAAGAUCAACUACACGGACUGGGCCUCGCAAUACAGCUUCCAAGUCGAAGACACGCUGCACUUCCGCUAUGAUCAAGGCACCGAGAGCGUGUUGCAAGUGAGCCUCGCAGACUACGUCUCCUGCUCCAAUUCCAAACCCCUGGCAACGUAUGACGACGGAGAUACGGUGGUCUACCUGCUGAGAGACGGCUGGUACUGGUUCAUCUCUGGAGUUCCCAGCCACUGCAACUUGGGACAAAAGUUCUCCAUUCGCGUCCAGCCUUUGAGCCACGGUUCUUAUCAAGACCAUGCUCCAUCGGCUGCCGAGCCUUCCACUGCCACUGCCCAAGGAUUCUCCGGCGGCUCCCGUAGAGAAAACCCUGUCGCGAUUCCAGUCUCUGCAUUACCAUCCUCAUCGGCUGGCUUCGCGACUCCAGUAUUCCCUGCUCUUGUCUACGUUCUUCCCAUAGUCCUUGUCGCGUAGUAGUAAACAGCCUUAGAACUUGUGCGUCCUCCUCCCACGAAAUCCAAAGAGCAAAAUCCUUCCUUUGUCUGUUCCUUCGUUGCCAAGCCAAGUUGGUGGUCUCUGGUAGUCCAAGUAUCCUGCCCCGGUCAAAGUCCAGAGUUCCUUGGUUGUAGUAGCAGAAAGGACCUAUGCUUGUUGAAGAGCCCGAGAACUUUUCCACGUUGUAUGCGUAGCCAGUACCUAUUACAAAAUCAUUGUCCAAAUUGCAUGGAGUAAUAAAGGAAAAGACAUCUCAAA